GUCCAUUCAAGCAGAAAGGCGCAGAAAGGCACAGAUAACAUUGUCGCUGUCAUGGAUACUGGCGGGAUUUAGUGUGACUAAUCAUCCUGUUUGUUUUAGAUAUCGUCAGAGCAACUUAAUAUUACGACUUUUCAAUUUGUUCGUAUCAUAGUCAGGUCUCACAGCUUUGAUUUUACAAUGACGAAGAAGCAUUUGAGCUCAUUGCUCGCGUUUGUCGCUGUUUUUGAACUUAUUCUUUGUACUUUGGCUGACGAUGGGGGCCAAAAAGGAUUGCUUCUUCACAACGUGUAUCGCAAAAAGCAUAACGUUUCGCCCUUGGUAUGGAACGAGGAAAUUGCUGCAAAAGCCGUAAAGAUGGCGACUGAAAUGGCUACUAAAGGAACUCUUGACGUUGCUCUCGUUAAAUCUGUCACUCAAUAUGGAGAGAACGUUGCCCGCAUUUCAGAUCCUAAUUCUGCAAGCUGCGACAAUGCAUUUGAAGAAGCGGUGAAACUUUGGUAUAAUCAAGGCAAGACUUACAGCUUCUCUGCUCCCAGCCUCAAUUCUGAUACAGACACCUUUACGCAGGUUGUUUGGAAAGACGUCUUGGAACUUGGCAUGGGAUGUUUUAAGAACCCGAACAAGAACGAGUUCUACGUUGUGGCGUUGUACAACCCGCCCGGAAACAUUCCCAGUAGGCUUCGCGCAAACGUGUUGGAUCCAUCAGGCAAACAUGCGAAUGACGUAUACGCUAGCAUCGCCAAGCGAUUCCAAACCUUACAUCAGAAAAAAAGAAAUUGAAGUCUUUGUUCGCGGAGGCAUUGUUGUGAUGAGUAUUUUCAUUUCACUCUUUGCUUGAAAAAGCUAAGGCAAAAAGUUCAGCUGUCAUUGAGUAUUUAAUAUUAAUACUACAGUCUAAAGUUUUCAUUUCGCUAUUGCAAGAUAACAAAAACAAUGCUUUUAUUCUUUACAUUUAUUUUCUUUCAUCAUUAAAUCGUUUACCAUGCA